CAUGUUCGUGUUCGUAGUUCGCCACGACGUUACUCUUUUACUUCACCGGAGCGAGUUGGUGGGACACAGUUGUCCAUUUGGUGCAAGAAUUGGUCAGGUCUAUUUAGGACAGAGUAGAGUAAUUCCUUUAAAUUUGAAAAUAUACUCCGUCCCCCGCUGUUAAUAAUUCGAUAUCAAAUUUGAACUACUGGUAAUCAUCCUUCAGUUCAAAAACCCCCAAUGGACGUAUCAGAGCUGGAAUCUAACCAAAAUGUCAUCUACAUAACUGAGGAAGAACACAGAGUCGAGUGGACUUACGAUGCUACGAAGGAACUCUUGAAAAUUUACGAUGAGAAAAGUGACAUGCUAGACACAGGAAUUAUUUCAACGCAGAAGAAAUUGUGGGAGCUGACCUCGAAGGCACUGGCAAAAAAAGAGUAUUACUACACAGCGGCGCAGUGUGAGAAUAAGUGGAAGGCCCUUAAACGGUCGUAUAAAACUAAGCUGGAACGAAUGCAGAAGUUCGGUACAACCAAACGAGCCUGUCCUUUCGAAUAUGAAGUUGCCGAGAUUCUGAGCAAACGACCAAACGACAGCUUCUCCCGGUCUUAUUCCGUCAAAAUCGACGAGCUGAGAAGACAGGAAGACUUAUUUAAAAUAAACUUAAAUGAACCACCUGGGUUUUCCAAAGACAAAAAAAUGCUGGCGGAGUCGGACUACGUAGAUAUAAAAAAUGUCGCGAUGAUCGACGAAGACGUAGAAAGUCCAAAAUAUGAAUACGAAGACAGCGAACCCACGUAUACUGUCGUUCAAGAUGUGAGUCAGUCUGCGCUCAUCGAAGAGCUGAGCGAUUUGAAGAGGUUCUUUGUCAAGCACAACAAAAUCAACACGCAACUGUUGAAGCAGACGAACGAGGUGCAAGAAAAAAUUCUGGACUGUUUGGAGAGAACUAUAGAGGGGCAGGACGAGGCUCGUAGAAUCGAGGAGAGAAAAGCCAGACAACAAAGUGAGAUCGUGCAACAGAUGAAAAUUCAGAACGAGUUGUUAGAGAAACUUAUAGAAAAGCUUGGUUGAUGUUGAACGUUUUAAUUAAUUAGUAAAUGAAUAAAUUAUUUUUGUAUUCUGCUAAAGUUGUCUGAGUGAAUUUUAAAAUCUAGUCUUUCACACAAACUUUAAGGGAAUAUGACGAAAAGACGAUUACAAUUUGUACGAAAAUCUGUUAUUUCAUCUGUAUAAUAAUAUAUUUGAUGUAGUUUUUAUAUAUCUGUAAAUAAAUAUGUAAUAAAGACUUAAUUAGUUGA